AUGAGGUAUUUUUUGGAGUUAGUUUCUUGUUGCGCCGCGCCGACGAUACGCGAGCGUGAAUCUUCGGUUCCGGUGGAGGAUGACGGAAGGUGGCUGGUUCCGGCACCGGUAGUUUCUACGACAGCUUCCUCUUCAUCUUCUUCUUCUUCUUCUCAACGUCGAUAUCGUAAGAAGCAUAAAAAGAGUGGCUCCGGUGAAUGGAGGCCGUCGUUGGGAUCGAUCUCGGAAGAUGUCAUGGUUCAGCCGAAACGGACGGUGGCUUGUGCGGGAAAAGAGGUUAAGAAGAAAACUGCUCCCCGUGGUGCUGCCAAGGUGUAUCACCGGAGUCACAGCGACGGCUAUCACGGGCCUAUGAUUAUGCCAGUAUUCUCUGCAUCGCCAUUCAUGUUUUGA